CUUGCCCAAUUCCUGGGAAAAUCCAGUUGUAAGGCCAAAAAGGGAUUGGACUAUUCCCUGCGACACUGUCAGGACAAAGACUUAGAUGUGUUAGGGCCUGUAGUCAAGAUCUUCGACAUGGUCGAAGCAGCCUUGACUGAGGGGGCAUCAAUAGACCUUUUGGCCAUCAGA